AUGGCUGAGGAACGCACUCUUAAGGAGUAUUCGAUCCCUUCUUCGGAUGAGCCAUGCACUAUUAUAGUCUAUCCAACAGUUCAAGGUAGCAACUUCAAAAUAAAACCUGCACUACUAAUUCUAGUACAACAAAACCAGUUCUCUGGAUCACCUUCCGAGGACCCAAACUCUCAUAUCUCAACCUUUUGGAGACUUAGUGUAACUUGCAAAGACGACCAAGAAACCGUCAGGCUACAUCUCUUCCCUUUUUCUCUAAAAGAUAAAGCCAGCAAUUGGUUUAACUCUUUGAAGCCUGGUUCCAUUACCUCAUGGGACCAACUGAGGCGAGAGUUCCUUUGCCGUUUCUUUCCCCCAUCCAAAACUGCCCAACUUAGGGGAAAGCUUUACCAAUUUACUCAAAUGAACGGGGAAUCUCUUUUCGAUGUGUGGGAACGUUUUAAGGAAAUACUUAGACGUUGUCCCCAUCACGGUCUAGAAAACUGGUUAAUCAUCCAUACCUUUUAUAAUGGUCUAACAUCUAGCACUAAAUUGACCAUUGAUGCAGCUGCAGGUGGUGCCCUAAUGAACAAGGAUUUCACAACAGCUUAUGCGUUGAUUGAGAACAUGGCUCUAAACCUCUUUCAAUGGACAGAAGAAAAAGAAACCGUCGAUCCUUCACCCUCUGAAAAAGAGGCAGGUAUGAACGAAACCUCUUCCAUUGACUAUUUAUCUACCAAGGUGAAUGCAUUAUCUCAAAGACUUGAUCGUAUGAGCGCACCUACCUUCUCACCUCCUUGUAAAACAUGUGGCCUAUCUAGUCAUUCCAACACCGAUUGCAACCUAAGUAGUGUUGAGCAGUUAAAUUUUGUUCAGAAUAGCCAAAGAGUUAUUCAAAAAUCUCACAUUGAACUUUUAAUGGAAAACUAUUUUUUUAAACAAUCCGAACAGCUCCAAGAGCUCAAGGACCAAACUAGACUUUUGAACAACUCUCUCGCUACUCUCACAACAAAGAUAGACUCCAUCUAUUCUCACAACAAAAUUUCUGAAACUCAACUCUCCCAGGUAGUUCGUAAGGCUGGCCACCCCAAUAAAAUGAAUGCUGUUACACUUAGGAGUGGUAAGCCACUCGAAGACCCCAUAAGGAGAACCGAGACCGAUCACAGUGAGAAAGAGACCCGCGAGCCACCAUCUAGGGAAACCAGGGCAGAAAGAGAGGAACCACGAGUUGAGGGAAACACAACGCCUCCCUUUAAGCCAAAAAUCCCCUUCCCACAAAGGUUUGCCAAAUCAAAGCUAGAUGAGCAAUUCAAAAAAUUCAUGGAGAUGAUGAACAAGAUAUAUAUUGAUGUGCCAUUUACCGAGGUCCUAACCCAAAUGCCCACAUAUGCUAAAUUUUUGAAAGAAAUCCUCUCAAAAAAAAGAAAGAUCGAGGAGAGUGAAACGGUUAACCUUACGGAAGAAUGGUCGGAAGUUGUGAAAAAAGCUAUGUGUGAUCUAGGAGCCAGUGUCAGCCUAAUGCCCUUAUCACUUUAUGAGAGGUUGGGAAUAGGGGAACUUAAAUCAACAAGGAUGACCCUUCAACUAGCAGACCGUUCUGUUAAGUAUCCAGCUGGAAUCAUAGAAGAUGUCCCCGUUAAGGUAGGAGAGGUAUACAUCCCCGCCGAUUUUGUUGUAAUGGAAAUGGAGGAAGACAAUCAAGUACCAAUUCUUUUGGGAAGACCUUUCCUUGCCACCGCAGGUGCUAUCAUUGAUGUAAAAAAGGGCAAGCUUGCCUUCAAUGUAGGUAAGGAAACUGUUGAAUUUGAACUGGCUAAACUAAUGAAAGGUCCCUCCAUUAAGGACUCUUGUUGCAUGAUAGACAUAAUCGACCAUUGCGUGAAAGAAUGUUCUUUAGCAUCAACUACACAUGAUGGUUUGGAAGUAUGCUUGGUUAACAAUGCAGGUACGAAACUGGAAGGAGAGGCAAAAGCUUAUGAAGAACUGUUAGAUAGAACUCCUCCAAUGAAAGAUCUAAGUGUGGAGGGGUUAGUAAAAGAAGAACCAACACUUCAACCCAAGGAGGCACCAAAAGUAGAACUCAAAACUCUCCCAUCAAAUCUAAGGUAUGAAUUCUUGGGCCCUAACUCCACUUAUCCUGUUAUUGUAAAUGCAAGUCUCGAUGAAGUAGAAACUGAAAAAUUGCUAUAUGUCCUCAAGAAAUAUCCUAAAGCCAUAGGUUACACCAUUGAUGACAUUAAAGGAAUAAAUCCUUCAUUAUGCAUGCAUAGGAUACUUCUUGAAGACGACUAUAAACCUUCCAUUGAGCACCAAAGGAGACUAAAUCCCAAUAUGAAAGAAGUUGUGAAAAAGGAAGUCUUAAAACUCCUAGAUGCAGGUGUGAUCUAUCCAAUUUCUGACUCCAAAUGGGUUAGCCCCGUGCAAGUUGUACCAAAGAAGGGUGGUCUCACAGUCAUUAAAAAUGAUAAAAAUGAAUCCAUUGCCACUAGAACCGUCACCGGUUGGAGAAUGUGUAUUGAUUAUAGGAAGCUUAACAAAGCAACCCGUAAAGAUCACUUCCCUCUCCCUUUUAUAGACCAAAUGUUAGAAAGGUUAGCUAAGCAUUCUCAUUUUUGUUACCUAGAUGGCUAUUCUGGAUUUUUCCAAAUACCCAUUCACCCUAAUGACCAAGAAAAGACAACAUUUACAUGUCCCUUCGGGACCUUCGCCUAUAGAAGAAUGCCUUUUGGUCUCUGUAAUGCCCCUGCUACUUUUCAAAGAUGCAUGAUGUCUAUCUUUUCUGACUUCGUUGAAAAAAUAAUGGAAGUCUUUAUGGAUGAUUUUUCUGUGCAUGGUUCUAAUUUUGAUGAUUGUUUGACUAACCUUGAAAAAGUUUUGGAAAGAUGUGAACAGGUAGACAGAGCAAAAAUCGAAAUUAUUGAAAAAAUGCUACCUCCCACCUCCGUCAAAGAAAUUAGAAGUUUCCUAGGACAUGCAGGGUUCUACCGUCGUUUCAUCAAAGAUUUUUCAUCAAUCACUAAGCCGCUAACCAACCUGCUCCUCAAGGAUGCAGACUUUACCUUUGAUGAUUCUUGUUUGCAGGCAUUUUGCAGGUUAAAGGAAGCACUGAUCACCGCCCCAAUCAUACAAUCACCAGAUUGGAACUUGCCUUUUGAAAUAAUGUGUGAUGCAAGCGACUAUGCGGUUGGGGCGGUAUUAGGUCAAAGAAAGGACAAAAAGAUGCAUGCCAUAUACUAUGCUAGUAAGACCCUAGAUGGGGCACAGGUAAACUAUGCCACGACAGAAAAAGAAUUGCUAGCAGUUGUCUACGCCAUUGACAAAUUUCGGCAAUACUUGGUAGGAUCAAAAAUCAUUGUUUAUACAGAUCACUCGGCCAUAAAAUAUUUGCUAAACAAAAAAGAUGCCAAACCGAGAUUGAUCCGAUGGAUUUUGCUCCUCCAAGAAUUCGACCUUGAAAUAAAAGAUAAAAAGGGCGUAGAAAAUGUUGUCGCUGACCACUUAUCCCGACUUCGGGAGGCCAAUAAGGAUGAGUUACCCCUGGAUGACUCAUUCCCAGAUGACCAACUAUUCUUAUUGGCACAAACUGACGCACCUUGGUAUGCAGACUUUGUUAACUUUCUUGCAGCAGGAGUACUACCACCCGAGUUAAACUACCAACAAAAGAAGAAAUUCUUCAAUGAUCUCAAGCACUAUUAUUGGGACGAGCCCUACCUCUUCCGAAGAGGCUCAGAUGGGAUUUUCAGGCGCUGCAUUCCUGAAAGCGAGGUAAAUGUGCACCUCUUUAUCUCUAAAUGUGACAAAUGUCAACGCACCGGUAGCAUCACAAAGAGAAAUGAAAUGCCUUUGAAUAACAUCCUUGAAGUAGAAAUUUUUGAUGUUUGGGGUGUUGACUUUAUGGGACCUUUCCCCUCCUCUUUUGGGAAUCAGUACAUACUAGUAGCCGUUGACUAUGUGUCCAAAUGGGUUGAGGCCAUUGCAUCCCCCACUAAUGACGCACAGGUAGUUAUAAAAAUGUUUAAGAAGGUCAUCUUCCCUAGAUUCGGAGUGCCACGAGUUGUGAUAAGCGAUGGCGGUUCUCACUUCAUUUCAAGACAUUUUGAAAAACUUUUGCAAAAACUUGGAGUGAGGCACAAAAUCGCGACACCCUAUCACCCCCAAACUAGUGGACAAGUGGAGGUCUCAAACAGACAAAUUAAAGCUAUCCUUGAAAAAACUGUUUCCACCUCUAGAACAGAUUGGUCAAAUAAGCUUGACGAUGCCCUUUGGGCCUAUCGAAAACUGCGAUCACGCUGGUCCGGCCCUUUCAAAGUUCGCACAGUCUACCCUUAUGGGGCAAUUGAAAUCUUUUCUGAAGAAACAGGAUCCUUCACCGUUAAUGGCCAACGGCUUAAAAUCUAUAAUACCGGGGAAGAACAUGAAGUAGUGGCUGAUUUCACCCUUAGUGACCCACCUUAA